CCCAGACUAUAUGCUUUGAUGCCAAUGGCCUUAUCGGUUAUACAGAAGCGGGGUAAAGCCUACCGAGAAGCAAAGGUUGUUCAGCUCAUGCAGUGUGCGUAUCUCGACUUGGUGAGGUUACGAAUGAUGCAUGCUGCGAGUAAAGCCAAGAUAGUGACGAAAUAAUGAACGGCAUUGAGGAAAGAGGGAAGAAGAACGGGGUUCUUGGACUGCCCACCCAAAGUUACAGGAGACUUCAUGAGUUCUCCUUGAACGAUAAGCCUCUCACCCUAAACUGCCACGAAACCAAGUAAAUUAUGGCUCCCAUCACUGCAGUAAUCGACAAGACCACCGCCGGCGAUAGCGUCAUUAAACUCUUCUACUCCACAGGAGAAGCCCAGCUCGGUCUUGCGUUAUGGUCAGGCACAAAAGAUGCAGAUCCUGAGAACCCCAUUCAGGCGCCUCAGGAAGUUGGAAAUGACCAGUACAUCCUCAAUCCAUCUCAGAUGGCAAGCGUCAAUUCCCAAGGCGUAGAAAGGGUCUUCGCUCUUACAACAGACAACCCAUUCAAAGUUACCCCAAAUGAUUCGUACAGUCUAUCAGAGAUUUCCGAGUCAAACCAGAAGGAACUGCAGAGUGUGUCCAUUGGCAACACUACGCUGGCUGCCUGUGGGGAUGGUGACAAUGCUUGGGUCUACUAUAGCAGGAACAUGGGUAACGGCAGAACCCUUGUAGAAUUGGACCUCCAGACUUCACGGAGCACUGACCUCACAUGGACCCAUGAUCUCUGGAUCAACUCUUUCGCCGCUGCUUGGUACGAUGACACAACUGGGAAACGCUGCGUAAUUUACGAGGGAAGUAACCUUGUAGAUUAUGUCGUCGACAGCGGCUCACCCGGCACUGCAAUAUCCUCAACUGGAGACAUGCAGCGCAACACUCCAGUAGCCGUCGCAUUUGACAAUGGCAAAGUCUUUCUUUACUACUGUGGCAGAGGCGCCGCCGGUGGUAUUCGGCGCACCAUCAGGACUGAUAAUACUUGGGGUACCUCUACACUGAUUGAUAGUCGCACCAUUUCUCAGGAUAGCCAGCUCACUGUGGUGAGGGCCAAUGGCAUUAAUCAUUUGUUCUUUGUGGCGAGGGAUCAGAAUGAGGAGGAGGAUGAUUACUUUGUGCAUUACCCGGAUGAGAUCAAUUAGUUUACAUAGCUGGCAAUCAAAACUAAGCGAGCAGUUGGACCGUCUUGUGAGUGUGACAAACAGCAUCAAAUACAUAAGGAAUAUGCACAGAUAUAAGAUACAACGAUGACAACCAUAUGUUAUGAAGCUGUUUGUGGCCCUUGUCAUCUUUACUGCAAUUGAAAGAAACAUAUUCCAUAUUGAUCUUGA